AUGAGCCAGCGGAAUGACCUUUGGGUAUUACAGAUGAUCGGGUGUUGGUGGUCGAUCCCCAAAGUUCCUAUAGCGGACCCCUCCUCAACCGUGGCAGGCCACGGAUUCCAACUGUUCUCCGUCAAAGACGGAUGGGUGGAUACGACGCUGGAGUACAUUGAAAGUGAGGUCUGUGCUCCGGGUCCGUGCUGUUACGAGAACGUGACAAAAACUCCGGAUUUUCCACCUGGAUUCGUUCCGAAUUACAGGAAGAGCGCAACAACAGGAACGACAUUGUCCACGACGACAACCACAACAAGUCAAGAAUCUGUGGACGAACAAAAACAAGGACUGAGCACCGGAAUUAUUGUUGCCAUUGCCGUUGGUGGUGGAGUAGCUUGCCUGUAUAUGCUGUGGAGCUGGGAUCUAUUACUACUACCGACGUCGAAAUUUAAGCCAACCAAAAAAGAGGCCGACUUCAGCCAAAACCGAAAAAGAAAACGCCUAAACCGAAUGCAAUUGCGUGUCGAUAAAAAACUUAGACUUGCUCGCAAAAAGUAGACAGCUAUUUUACACUGCUGUCCUUCAAAUUUUCUGUAAUUUUAGCUUUUUUUCAAGUUCUACAUCACCAUUUUAUUUAUCUGCAAUACUUAUAAUUGCGACAAAACAUUAACCGACAAAACGAAAAAUAAACCUCUUUUGG